AUUAGACGCUUGCAGCGCCGCCUAUGCUACAGUGAUGUGCUUUGUCUGAGGCGAAUAAUUUUUUGUUAAAAAGAUAAAACAGUGAAUGCUGAAAGAUCUAGGAGAGCGCACUGAUUUUGUUGGAUAAGAUGGCUUUACCAAGCUUUAGAAACCUUCCACAGACUCCUCCCAGCAUGUCGAGGUCAAGGUCAGAAAGAAGCUUGCAAGGAGAAUCUGGGGGAAGGGGUUCCAGCAGCCCCUUUGUGUCCUCUGGCAGUGGUAAUCCAAAUUUCAAUCCUGUUAAGUUGACCACUAAAUCAGCAAGCUUUACUUCACGGUCAUCUAAUAUUGAUUCCAGACUUCCAAAGCCACCUAAACCUCCAGAUAAGCCACUGAUGCCAUACAUGAGGUACAGUAGGAAGGUCUGGGAUGAAGUGAAAAACAGAAACCCGGACCUGAAGCUGUCAGAGAUAGCGAAGAUAAUAGGUCAGAUGUGGCGAGACCUGAGUGAUUCAGAGAAACAGGUUUAUCUGGAUGAAUAUGAUACUGAGAAGCAAGCCUAUAACGAGGCUAUGAAGAAUUACCACAACUCACAGGCAUACCAAGCAUGGGUGGCUGCAAAAGGCAGAUUGGCUGCAGAACAGGCCCUUGAGGAGGAAGAAGAAAAGCAGGCACAUGCUGAAUCCAAACGUAAACGAGAGUCAAAGCAAGAAGAAAGGGGAUCAAGAAUCAGUAUUCAGCCAGCAGAUGAUGAUGAUGAUCAAGAUGAUGGAUUUUCAGUUAAGCAUAUUGCCCAUGCACGAUACUUGAGAAACCAUCGUCUCAUAAAUGAGGUUCUAAGUGAGGCAGUUGUGCCAGACAUUAGAACUGUGGUCACCAUUGGUAGGAUGGGUGUUCUCAAGAAACAGGUGCAAUCACUAACAAUGCAUCAGACAAAGUUGGAAGCAGAGUUACAGCAGAUAGAAGAAAAACAUCAGGCCAAGAAACGUAAGUUCACUGAGGGAAGCGAACAGUUCCACGAGGAGUAUAAAAAAUUGUGUGAAAACAAGCCACAGAUUACUGAUGACAUGUUCCAGAACAUGAUAACAAAAGCUAAGGAGGAGUUGAAACAAAAACAACAAGAAAUGCUGGCAAAACAAGAAGAGGAUCGCAAAAAGCAGGCUCUACUGGCAGAGGAACGACAGAAAUGUGAUGCUGAGAGACAGAGAAUGGAAGAAGAGGAGAAAGUAAGAAGAGAAACAGAAGAACAAAUGAAUAAACAACAUCAGGAGGCUGUACAGCAAAUGAAUGCUGAGCAGGGUAUCCAGGAGCCAGUCAGUCAAGUUAUGAAUGGAGAUGCAGAUGGAGUGAAGCACAGUGAAACAAACAUGAAUGGUGUAUCUAGACUUGAGGGUCCAGAUUCAACAACUGGUGAAGCUGAAGAAGAAGAUGAUGAUGAUAGUGUUGGUACACAGGAGUAUGAUGAUCUCGAUGGUAUACAGAGAGCAGAGAAUAUAUCCCACUCUGAAGACAUGGAAGCAAUGAAUAGAUCUGAAGAAAGUAUGGAAGCUGAGGAAUCCUCAUCACCUAGUGUAAAUAGACGAGUGAAGGAUGACGGCCGUCCUCGGCCAUUCAAAUGUGACAGCUGUGACAAAGCAUUCAAGCUAAAACACCACCUGUUGGAGCACUCUCGGCUCCAUAGUGGCGAACGUCCUUACGAGUGCACCAGCUGUGGUAAAAAGUUCCGCCACUCUGGCUCUUAUAGCCAGCAUGUAAACAACAGGAGCAAAUUUUGCCGUGUUGAGGGAGCCAUUGGAUCUUGCAUGCCGGUGUCUCCCACUGCGGGGAGCCCGGGCUCUGCCUCUGGUCCAGAUGGGUUGUCUCCAAAGUCAGCCCAAAGGUCUAAAUCUAAAUUGGCAGCUGGAAGGAAAACAAAAGAAUUUGGCGAAGCUGAAGAUGCUGGACCAUCUGCCUUGACAAAGCUAAAUACAGUAGACCCCUCUAAUGAUGAAGCUGUAAAUACGGAACCAGCUAGUAACGGUACUGAAGCUAAGCAGACAGAGCCGACUGAACCUCAGCCCGCAAUAGAAAAUGAAUAGUUGCUAGCUAUUGGAAUGUUAAAUGUGUUCAACUGUAUAUAUUUAUGAAAAACUUUGAGUUGAUACCUUGGAAAAAACUGUUCUGAAACUGCAGUCAGGAGAUUUUUGAAAAGUCAUCCCAAGUAUGUACCAGAUGGGAAAUAAGAUUGCUUCACAGUGAUUUAUCAACUUGAUGUUGGGAGGUCAAAUUUUAGAGACAUUUUUCCAUCACAGUGAAAUUGUUGGAGACCACAUUUGAUAAAUGUAAUCCAUUGGAAAUGUCUGUAAUUGAUAAUUUGGCUCUUAAUUGAUUAUACGAGUUCUUCAGAUUAAAAACCCUUAGUAUUUGAUCAGCAUAAAUAGUACAAAUGAUACAUUGUAUUCAAGCUAUUUGAAAAAAAAUACAAAAAAAAAAAAUGAAUUUCAUAUGGUUGUAAAAAAUAAUAUUUAUUGGGAUUUAUGCAUGAAGGUCUUUAAAGAAGUGAUCGAAAAAAAUGUUGAGUUACAACUAAGUUUUGCUUAUUAUCACAUGUUUUAUGUAGAGAUGUAUACUUGAUGUCUUUGAUAGGAAUCUGUUGCUCUUGUGAAUUUGUUUGUUUGUAGUAGUUUCCAUUUUUCAUUCAUUUUCAAUUUCAUCUUUUCUGAGGAGUGAAAUCUGUGUUCACUCCACACAAUUAUGAGUGUAGAUGUAUUUUUGGGAGAUUUACAAUAUAAGAUUAUAGCUCAUUUGUACAGCUUAAGACAGUUAAAAAUAUUAUGUUGUACUGCAUAAAAAAGUUGUUGAUUUAAAAAUGCAUAUUUUACUAAAAUUAGUAGCACAUUUUGUUACAGCUAAAAUUAAAGGAAAAUAGAAAAUAACUUCAUAUUUUGAUACAUAGCAUUUCUCAAGUCUGUUUAAAGAUGCACAAAUAGGUUGCUUAUCUUUAAAUAAGUUACCAGUGUUAACACAGUCUUUAUCGGACAUGAGCUGCAACAUGUUGAAAUUUACCUGUCAUGUUGGCAAGGGGUCCACAGGAGUGGCACAGUCAGUUAACUGACUGAGAAAAUAAUUAGCAAUUGAAUAUUGUUAAAAACAUUUAUUUGCAACAAUGAACUUUAGUUCAAUUUGUUUGGGAAGCUGCUGCGACCAUAUUAAAGGUUUGCACAUUUUCCAAUUCUGUUGGACCAAAAAACAAGCAUCAACCUAAGAGUUUGUUGUUUUUUUUUUUUCACAAAAUUUCCUGGAUCAGUUUACAUUUGUAUUUCAAGAAAUUAGUAACCUUAAACAAAAUUCAUCGUAGUGGUAACUUAUUGUGCAAGAUAUUUAAAAAAUCAAAGUUAACGUGAAGUGUAUCAGAAACUUCCCGAAUUCUAAACAUGAAAUUUUGUUAGUAGUACAGUAGUACCCCGGUACUCAAAUUAUCAUUUUUUCCUGUAAAAUGCAUAUAACAAUGGAAUAAAAUGAACAACUUA